AUGAAUCCCAAUUAAUCAAUAGCUUCCACUAUUACUUAAAAAUAGAAUCACUUAAUUGUAGAUCCUAAGGGAAGUAUUCAAGAGGACAAUGCGUAUAGACUUCCAUCUGUUUAAUAGGAAGAAUAUAAAGAAUAUCCUUAUCGCUUUGUAGUUUUGGUUGGAUUUCUUUUGAUUACAACUACUUAUUCUCUCUCAACUUCUGUUUUCAAUCCUAUAAGCGCUAUCGUUGCAGAUAUUUAUGGAGUACCUCCUAUUGUAGUAGCUAUGAACAUGCUUAUUCUUCAUUUAUUGCAUCUACCUCUAUCCUUUCCAAUAGGUUACUUCAUCGAAAAAUUCGGACUCACAGUUAGUGUGUGGGUAUCUACAACCCUAAUGUUAGUUGCUGUGUGGAUUAGAACUUUGAUCAAUACAAAUUAUUUCAUAGUUUUAGGAGCUCAUAUUAUUCUUGCAAUUGGUUAUCCUUUUAAUUAAAAUUUAGUUACUAAAAUAGGAUUAGUCUGGUUUAGAACUGAAAAAAGAUAAAUGAUCACUCAAAUAGUCAUGGUUACAACUUUAGUUACAAUUUUGGGAGGUAGUUUAAUGCCUGGCUUGUGGAUGAAGGACUAUAAUGAAGACUAAGAUGAAUUAGAUGGAUACAAGGAUGGAAAAGAUAAAAUACUUUUGCUUAUGAAAGUUCAAGCUUACCUUACUUCUGCCCUCGCUAUACCUGGAUUGUUAAUGUUCAGAGAAAAGCCUCCUACUCCUCCUUCCUUUACUGCAGAAACUAAAAGAGACACAUUUAAAUAAUCUGUUAAAUCUUUAUUUAAGAAUAAAUAAUAUCUUAUUAAUUUCCUAGCAUUUGGAUUUUUUAGUGGAUCUUUUAUGGCUGGUGGUGUAACUAUAUCAUUUAUAUUCAAACCUUUUGGCUUUGGUUCAGACAUAACUAGUUACGCAGGUAUUGUUAUUGUUUUUUCUGGAAUGAUUGGUAGUGGUAUUGGAGGCAAAAUGUUUAGAGAUAAACCUAAUUUUAAAUUAUAUCUUUUCAUUGGUUUAAUAGGAUCUAUUAUUGGGUAUGGUUUAACUAUGGCAAUGCUGCCUACUGAGAAAGUAUACUUGAUCCUAUUACCAUAUGUUAUAAUUGGUUUAAGUUCUUUGCAAGCUUUCCCUAUAUUUUUAGAACUAGCUUCUGAGCAAGCUUAUCCAGUACCUGAGGAAAUGUCAAGUGGAUUACUGUAAGGAAGCUCUUAGAUAUGUGGAUUUAUAUUCGGUGGAAUCUACACAACUCUAUUAGAUGGUGAAAACAGAGGAAUGUGUAUGGUUGUGCUAAUUUGCUAUAUGGGUGUUUUUGCUGCAUCCUUAGUCUUAGUAAAAAUAAUGAAAAUCGAUCUUAAGAGAACAAAAGAAGAUGCUAAGUUUGAAAAAGAUUUGAAAAUAUUAGAAUAAAACGGCUAAUAAGCACAAUAAAAUGAUUAUGAUAAUUAAAUCAAUAUCCCUCCUUCAAAUAACAUAAGUGCUAAUAUUAACCCAAACACAAUAAGAUUGUGA